AGCAGCAGCGCGGUGCCGGGGCCGUUCGCCGCCUCCUCCGUCCGUCCCUCCUUCCUUCCCUCCCGCCGCCACCGCCAUGGCUUCGGUCGCCGAAUGCCUGCGGGAGUGGGAGGAGCUGCAGGACGGCUUCCAGCGCAUCCAGGAUAACCACAGGCUGUACAAGCAGAAGCUGGAGGAGCUGACCAAGCUGCAGGAUGGGAUCUCCAGCUGCAUCACACGGCAGAAGAAGCGGCUGAAGGAACUGUCCCUGUCCCUCAAGAAAUGCAAGACCCACGUGAGUCCCGAACAGCGAGAGUCCAUGCAAGAGAUCCAGAGCCUGAUCAAAGAGAGACAGAAUGUUUUCUUCGAGAUGGAGGCCUACCUGCCAAAGAAGAACGGGUUGUACCUGAGUCUGGUGCUUGGGAACGUGAACGUCACACUGCUCAGCAAGCAGGCUAAGUUUGCUUACAAAGACGAGUAUGAGAAGUUCAAGCUCUACCUCACCAUCAUUUUGCUCAUUGUGUCUUUCUCCUGUCGGUUCCUUCUAAACUCCAGGGUGACGGAUUCUGCCUUUAACUUCCUCCUGGUGUGGUACUACUGCACGCUGACCAUCCGGGAGAGCAUCCUGAUCAACAACGGAUCCAAAAUCAAGGGCUGGUGGGUUUUCCAUCACCACAUCUCCACGUUCCUCUCAGGCGUCAUGCUGACUUGGCCAGAUGGGCUCAUGUACCAGAUGUUCAGGAACCAGUUCCUCUCCUUCUCCAUGUACCAAAGCUUCGUGCAGUUCCUCCAAUACUACUACCAGAGCGGGUGCUUGUACCGGCUCCGAGCGCUGGGUGAGAGGCACAACAUGGACCUCACUGUGGAGGGCUUCCAGUCCUGGAUGUGGAGAGGCCUCACCUUCCUGCUUCCUUUCCUCUUCUUUGGACAGUUCUGGCAGCUCUACAAUGCUGUCACCCUUUUCCGGAUGCUGCAGCACCCAGAGUGCAAGGAGUGGCAGGUUCUCAUGUGCGGCCUCCCCUUCUUCGUCCUCUUCCUGGGGAACUUCUUCACCACCCUUCGUGUUGUGCACCAGAAGUUUCAGAACCAGAGCAAAGACACAAAGCGGAACUGAAGAGGAGCAGCACGGGGGCCAGGACUGUUUCUCCCCGCUGGCUCCAUCCCAUUCCCAUCUCCUUGCCUUGAUGCCGUCCAGACUCUGGUGUCUCACCCAUUCUGUGCAAGCCUGGAUGCAGGACAGAGCUGGGGGCUUGCUUGUGAAUAGAGAACGUGUUCUCUGUGGUGCUGAAUCUGUGCCUGUGUCACUCAGCGGGCAGCAGGAGCACCCUGCAACACCGGGUCCUGAAGCCACGUGCAGGAAUGCUGCCCCUGCAGCCCCCCCAUAGCAGGGAGGCCGAAGGCUGCACACACGUGCUGCUCUUUGGGAUGGAGCACCCCGAGUUCUUCCUCACCCUUCAAUGUGAAGAGGGGCUGAGCAGGCAGAGCUGUGGGUACAGGAAGAGGGGGAGCACUGCGAACCUGAGAACCAGGCUUCACAGCUCCCUGGCCUUGCAUCUCUGGAGGAUGCAUAUGCAAAAAUAAUAAAGGGAAGGUACUUCCUUG